AUGUCGCCGUACUUCCAAGACUCCGAUCUCGAUUACUACAUCGCCAAAAACAACCUCAACGGCUUUUACCAGCAGCCUUUCGACCCCUCUACCACUACUCAGGCCGAGAUGAGCAGCAGCCGUCAGAUGGGUGGCUACAUUCCGGUCACGGACACCGACCUCUUGAUGAGCCCGCCCAUGAGCGAGGAGAACGCCACACCGUUCUUGAACCCCGAUGACGCAUCUCGAUACGAGCACGCCUUCCAGGCCCCCAUUCCUGAGGAUCGUUUCCAGUACCAGACCUUCACGGCUGACCAGAGCACCGAGCCCGUCUACACGUCCCUCGACCCCGUCAUCCGCUCUACCACCCCCGAGCUGGAGCCUCCCUUCACGGCACAGCUCUCCUCCACCAAUUUGAAUGGAGCAUACCUCGUCCGCGGCGGCUUCGCCUCCAAACUCGCCUCAGCCCUCACGAUCCCCUCCACUCUCACCCCCAUCGAGCGCUUCGACCGCGAGCAGACCAUGUUCAAGACUCUCGAUCCUCACACCGACCACCCCCUCCCCCCUCCCUCGCCCACCAUCAAGAACUUCGUCCAGCCCGACACAGCCGUCGAGGAGGCUCACCGGAUCCGCCAGAAGCCCGCCAGAGUCACAAUCCCCGCCCUGCCCCCGAAGUUCAACUUCGAGGGUUAUCAGAACCCCGCCGGCAUGCCAGAGGGCCCCGACAAGGACGCCGUGAUCGCGCGUAACAAUGUACUCUCGGCUCUCAAGAGCGCCAACGACAAGCUCCGCAACAACACCGCCGCGGCGCGCUCCCGGGACCGCAAGAAGAGGGCCAUCGUCCACCGCGCCGAAGCCAUCUGCGAGCUUCGCGCGGAGCUUGCGUUCUGGAAGGCUUGUGCUGUGGGGCUCGGUGCUGGGGUUGGAGACUGGAAGGAUCUGGACGGCAAUGUCAAGCGUGAGAUGGUCGCGGACCGGCGCUUCGACGCGUUUGACUUCACUUACGAUGUGGAGGGGGAGGAGAGAGUGGCCGAGUUGGCAGAGAAGGUGGCACACAAAGCGCCUGGUAAGAAGAGGGCCCAGAAGAAGAAGAGGAAGGCGGAGGAGACGGAGGAGAUGGAGGAGUAG